AUUUGACUGUCAAGUUUUGGUCACAUUGACUUUGUACUGCAGUUGCUAAAAAAUAAUAUUUCUCGUAGGUUUUUUAAUUUUCUCAAUGUUGUAACACUUCGGCAAAUAGGAGCAAACGCCACAUUUAAUGCACACAGUGUUUCCCUAGUAUAAUCGCCAACAUGGAUUGCAAUCUUGGCAGCGAAAUUGGGCAGAAGAUGCGCAGUGCCGUAAAGGCGAAACUGCUCGAAUUAGGCACCGGUGGCUCUGCCGGUUUCAUAGACGAUGAGCUGCCGGACUAUGUAAUGGUAAUGGUAGCCAACAAACGUACCAAGCAGCAAAUGAACGCUGAGCUAAAUCUAUUCCUCGGCGAUCAGACGGAUCUCUUUGUUACAUGGCUGCACGAAGUUCUUCAAAAGCUACAGGAAGUCACAUUGCCAGCAUCGAGUUCUAGCGGCAAAAAACGCAAGACACGUCAAGUCGAAGCACCCAAACCUAAAGACAAAGACAAGGAUAAGGACAAGGAUAAAGAUAAAAGAGCCAAAGACAAAAGGGAUAAAAGGGCAUGUAGAAAAUCGGGCGACGAUCUGCUCAAUACAUCGGCUGAUGUUACGACAAGAUCAGCCGAUUCCGUGCCGCCAAUCAGCUCCAUAACGGACGUUUUUGCCGAGGAACUAUUGGAAAAAGCCAAAAAGACGCUUGACAUCGAUGGCAACCUAAAGGAUGAGCUAUUGCUCAAAAAGAAAAAACGUAAAGUUGUCGAAGACGAUGAGCACCCGCAGUCACAGUCACAGCCACAGCAACAGGCGCAACCAAUAGAUCUGCAGCAGGCAACAAAAGAUUUCGAUAUACCAACUAUAUCAGAGAUUAGCUCAACUACCACAAGCGGCAAUCGGGAGAAGGAUAUUGCCGAAUUAGCGGAAAUACAGCGAAAAAUCUAUGUGGCCAAGCAACAUUUGCGUCAAAUUGGUGAACUGGACGAUGAAAGUGAUGAGGGGGAACCCCAACCGCAUGUAGAGGAUAUACUAAGUAUACACGAACCGGAAGAAUCUGUUGUCAAUAACACUACACCAGCUGCAAAAGAAGCCAACUCCAACUCAAACACACGCAGACCAAAGAGUCCCAUUGUGUUUAACAGGACGUCCGAACCGGUAGUAGCUAGAGAAAAACCAAAAGCCCAAAUUGAAAUUGAAGCGCAGCAAAAGUCAAGUGACGAACGUUCAGAGCGUCGCUCGGUGCACGAGCGAUUAGGGUGUAAGCCCCUAGUGCCACAACAGCCACUUAAGCCGGAUCGUCCGGAUCGAUCGCGGUCACAAAAAGAGGUCGAGCUUUACGUCCCGGCGCAUCGACGCAGCGAGCAUAAAAAGGAAGAAAAUAAGAAAACAGAGCGUAGCAAGGAACGCAGAGAACGCAACGAAAGGCAGCCAACUCGCCGGCGAGAGCGGGACCGUGAAACUUUACGCAGUCGACGAUCGCCCAGUCGCAGCCCAGAGAGCAAAUAUAAGCACCGAAUUGGGUCGCGUGUUAUUGUGGCAGUUAAUAAGCCUCCCGAGCCAUCUGAUGAUGAGGAUUUACUGGAGAAGCCCGUUAAUUCAGUUAUCAAGAUCAAGCCGCGGCCACAAGUUUCGCCACGUCGCCAGGCAUGCAAAAAUCUGCUACUGCGAGCUGUUGCCGAUGCACAACGAUCAACUAUCUUAGCUAAAACAACGACUUCUUACACAUCAGCUGCUGCGACAAAGCAAUCAGCUAGCGAAGAUGAGCCAGAGAUAAUCAGCUCUACACUGGGCAAGCGUCGUUCAAAUGAUUCAACCGGAAGGAGAGCUGGACGAGAACUGUUUCGACACAGCAGAAGGGAGCUAGUGGUGAAUGUGCUGCACAGAGAUCGCAAGCGAAGGCGGAAGUCGGUCGAGCCACAAUCUGAGAUUAAGCUGGUGGCAAAGGAGGAGGCUGAAGAGGAGUAUGUGCCUAGCUUGAGCGUUGGCGACUAUGAGACUUACGUGCCACAGUUGGUUCACAAUACAAAGGAAGCGGACAUAGAUAUUGACAUGCAUGUGGAGAAAAGUACGGUCACCGUUGGUUGCUCAUCUCCAACUGUAUCGAAAACACAGUUCGUGGUGACACUGAAUGGAGACAAAUCUAUAGGAAAUGCCGCUGCUGCAGCGUAUCGGAAGCGUCCACGCAAACGUACGCCCUCGCCCCAGGUAUCCUCGACCAGUUCGGCAACAUUACAAUUACUAAGUGUUGAGCCAACUUCAACGACCUGCACUGCGAUUUCCUCAACCAACAGCAACAAUAGACAAAACAAGUCAAAACGGGCGCGCAGCUCUUCACGGUCAUCGCCUUCCACUUCGAGCAACACGCCUCCGCCAAAGCCAUCGCGGAGUCUGCGUCGAAGUGAGGUGCUGCGGCAGACGCAGGAAAUCAAAAAGAUCAUCAUCAAGAACGACGCUGAUGAUGAUGAGGAUGAAGAGCCGGUGCAUGCAUCACCACGUAAACGCGCAACUAGCAAACGGCUAAGCAGCACCUCCAACCAGGCCGCCUCUUCCUCCAAUGACGUUAAAGCGGAUUUGAAAGUUCAGCUGGAGGAAAGCAAUCGCUCGACGACGCCACCACUUCCACCGAACCUGUUGGACAAACGCAACAUUAACCACGAGAAGUCAUCAAUUGCGCCAGCUACACCGUCGGUAACUAUGGAACCGCCCUGUAAGGUAAAGCACACGCCUAUUCGUUUCAAGAUUAAGCCCGAAGAGGAGCAACAGCAACAGCAGCAGCAAAAGCGUCGCUCGGCCAGUAAAGAUCGUGACUCCUCAAUUGAGCAACGCCGAAUCUCUAUACGGAAUGCAGAAGAUCGGAAGUACGACAAUCUGCCCACACUAAGUGCCGUCAGUGUGGACUCGACUGUUUUAAAGGUGGCAAAGCCGAAGGAGCGCUGCAAGUAUCAUCCGAACUGCAACAAGCAAUUCUGUGAAUAUUAUCACCCGUCGGCGCCAUGCAAAUCCUUCCCUAACUGCAAAUUCGCCGACAAAUGCAUGUACUCCCAUCCUAAAUGUAAAUUUGACUUGGCUUGCAUGAGCAUCGAUUGCAACUUUGCGCACAGUGGAUCGCGUGAUCUCAGCCACGUGCAGCUAGUUUUGCCGCCUCUCUCGUCGCAUGUGAUACCUGUGCAAAACUACAAAUCGAUAUCCGCACCGGUGACAGCGACUACGGCAACGACCAUGUGCAAAUACUAUCCGAAUUGCACAAAAGUCGGCUGCACCUUCUAUCAUCCGAAGCCCUGUCGUUACGGCAAGAAUUGCAUUAAUAAGCUCGAAUGCAUAUUCUAUCACCCGGAGAUGCAAAGCAAAUUCAAGUGGGUCGCGUCACUGGGCUAGGGAAGAAGAGCUGGCGCAACUCGAACAGCUCCCUUUCAUUAGCAUUUACAUUUAGAAAACUUCAUCAUAUAUUAUGAUUAUCCGAAAGAU